GUUGGUGUGUGCUGUUCUUGUCUGAGAGAAAGUGAAGACACUUUGCAAGAGUGGGGAAUUGAUAAUGUCUUCAGAACGUGGUGCUAGCAAACGGCAUCACAACCCAGUGGACAGUAUAUGCAGGAAGAUCAAAUCAAUCCAAAUGAUGGAUCAAGUCUCUAACCCUGCUUUGCAAAUACCAAAAUUUCAGUCUCGCAACUUUGACAGUCCACAGUGCAAUAUCAAAAAAAAUCUAGAAGAAAUACUGAAGAAAAGAACUUUCAGAAGUCGUAAUAGUGCCAGUCCCCCCUUCUUCAGUCCCAGCAGUGACAGCGUUUUCUCUGCAGACUUGCAGUUGCUGUCACCUUGUUCCAGACGUAUCUCAGACUGCAGUUCUGCAGAUGCUACAUACUCUGUCAUUGAAAGGGAAGAGAGGUCCAGCAACACAUGGUUGCCAGUAUGUUCCAUGGACAGCUGUUCUCCACCUUACUUCACAUCCAGAGAGGAGAAUGCCCAAAACCAGCGGUAUGCUUUAGCAAGCAUUGAAUCUGAAGAUGUGCACUGCGAACAGAAGUACGUGACAUCCAGUCCGCAUUUACUGUUGUUUGCAUCUGAUAAAAAGUUGGAAAGUCCUGCGAUCCAGCCCCCUGUGCCAAAGAGACUAUCUCUGAGUGAAAGAGGACAGAAGCAGUCACGGGGCUGCAAAACUGAUGACAUGUAUGAUGUGAGCUUGAUCUGUGAAGAAGACUUACUGACCACCAUAUUUCACGCGUGUGACAUACAACGUACAGGAAAAGUAGCAGUUUCCAAGAUAGUUGAUUAUUUGAGACACACAACAAGUCGAGGACUAGAAGACAGUGGUCUUGAAGAGCUGUGCAACAUGCUUGACCCAGAUCAGAAAGAUGUCUCUGUGGACCUUGAAACCUAUCAUGCCAUCAUGAAAGAAUGGAUUGAAGACUGUAAGAGGAAGUGGGAUGGUAGUGCUACUGAGGAACCAACAGCAAGCAUAGAAGACAAGGAGUUUAAAGUACAUAGAAACACCUUUGAAGUAAAAAAGACACCGCUUUGGAUGAAUGUUACGUCAGGAAGCUUGGAGGCAUUUGGGGGUGAUGUGUCCAAAGGAGACAUGGAGACAUCUGACUUGAUAACCUGUGUCGCAGACCUGCAGUACAACAACCUGAAGCUCCAGGAAGAGAACAACAAGCUGAAGCUUACCCUGGAAGCUGUGGAUGAGACCAACAACAAAUUACUGGCAGAUAACGAGAAUUUAUGCCAACAAAUAAAAAGCAUCCAACAUUCUGUGCUGAAAGCCAAAUCACUGGAAGAAGAACUAGAAGAAGCAAAGAACAACCUGAACCUUUUGGAAGCGAAGGGGCAGAAAAUGCUUUGUCAGAAUAAACAGCUGGAAAAAGAAAAUCAAUCUCUUCUCAUCAAAAUAGCUUCUCUUCAAGAAGAGAACAUUAGGAAUAGCAUGGACACUGAUGGACUUCAAAAGAAGAUUUUGGAUCUCUCCAAAAACGCGGCAGAGCUUCAAAUGCAGGUACAUAUCUAUGAGAGCACUGUGGUGAAUAAAGAGGCAAGCUUAAUCCAGAAGGAGCAUGACAUCAAAGAACUGAAAUUAACCAUUGUGGAGUGUACCUCGAUUAUAGAGACUUUGCGGGCAGAGAAGAGUAAACUACUGGAGGACAUGCGGCACGUGCAGCAAGAGUUGAUUGCAAAUGGUUUGAGCUUCCCGUUGAUGAGUAAAGUUAAUGGCAGUAUUCCUGAAGAGAUGAAUUCACUGGACUGUGAACUGGAGCUUGCUCAGUCUUCUGAGAUUACCAAGACUGAAUGGAUGUCCCUGGAUGAAACACUGGACCGUGAAGUAUUGUUCUUACUUCAGGGACCUGAAUAUGCAGGAGAAAAGUUUAAGGCUGUCAUGCAAAACCUGGUCAGUGAUCUAUCUUAUCAAGAAGAAGUUUCUGCAGCAGAAGAGCUUGUCAAGACUUCUUUAGAAUGGGUAGAAGACCCUGAUGUGAAUGUGCAGCAGGCCUGGGAGAGAAAACUUGCGGUUCUCAAGCAGGAGUUAGGAGAGAAAAAACACCUUUGGAUCCAAAAACUCAAUCUCUUGGAAAAACACAAAGAAUCUCUAGAUAAGGAUUUUAUUCGAAUGGCAAGCAACCUGAGGAGAACCAAAACAGAGCAACUUCACCUAAGGAAAGAGCUCUCUGCCAGGCAACGUGAGAUGGAAACUGUCAAACAGUUGCAAGAAGAAGCUGCUGGCCGGGCAGAAGCUUUUGGUUUGGAGCUGCAAAAAGCUACAAAGCAGCUUGAGGAUGCCAACAAACAGAGAGAGGACCAAGCUGAAUCCUUUCGCUCUGCCUGUGAGGAAGCUGCAUCCCUGAAGUGCAAGUUAAAGGAAGCCAUUUCUGAGCAGCAAAAGCUCAAGGAUGUGAAUGCAGCUCUAACAAGCACUUGCCAGUUGCUUCAGGAAAAGAUGGAAGAGCAGAAAAGGAACUGUAACACUGACAGUGUGGGGAAGAAUCCCCCCUUCACAGAAGAACAAAGGAGGCAUAAUCGCAAGUUAAAAGCCACUGUUAUUGCGCUGAGAGGGGAGCUGCUUACAGAGCGACUCUGUGAAAGGCUGUAUCAGCUCUGUGUAGAUGAAGAAUCUAUUUACAGUCUGCUACCUACAUCAGUGGAACCAGUGAGAGGGAAGGGCAGCAGAGCUGCUAAUAGAAAAACACUGUGGAGUGAGAGACCUACCCUGUGCACUGACUUUCCCAGGACCUUGCCCUCUGAUAUUUCAUACUGGAGUCUUACUCCUCUGCUAGAUGCUCUAAACCUGGAAACCUCCUGCCCAAUUAACUUUCCUGUGCACAGCUGGAAUCCCCCUUGCAGAUGGAGAUCUGUCACCAGCCUCUUUGAAAGCUGUGGUCUGUGGCAUGCAUCCAUUUCAGAUGUGACAUCAGUAGGGUACAAGUGGAAAAUAUACUCUGCUGGUGGCUAUACUGAUUCAGACCUUCCUGUUUCCAUUACAAUGAUGGACUCUUCACUUACUGAGAUGGACUGUGCAGAGCCGUCAGUACCACUUGGUCUGAUCCCAUCCAGUGAUGGCUUAACUUCUCCCCAAGAAGUUCUUACAUCCUCUUCAGAAAGCACUGCGCCGGUAACAGGCGGCCUUGUGAUGGAGGAAAAGCCACCCAAGAACUCAUGCGCAGAGGAGGAAGUUGUGCCAGCUUCUGUGACAAUGGAGAGAAACAACAAUCAGGAUGCAGCUGGUUCUGUGUCAGAACCUGACCUCAUCAAGAAGGAGUCCACCUCCAUGAUGGAAGAACACAAAGCAGAUCCCAUGAAGAAAGACCUGGAGAUGGAAAAUGAAGCUACUAAAGAACAGAUUGAGGUAACACCAGCCAUGGUUCCCAGCAGGAAAGGGAGUUCACCCACUACAGGUGGCCUUAAAGGAGAUAAAGCAAAGCAAAAUGAGCCUGACUCUCCGAGUGAGAAGGAGGUGGAGGCAGAAUUUCUAAGGCUGUCUUUAGGUUUUAAGUGUGACUUGUUCACUUUGGACAAGAGGGUGAGGCUUGAAGAAAGAUCCCGAGAGUUGGCUGAAGAGAACUUGAAAAAGGAGAUUACAAAUGCUUUGAAGAUGCUGGAGGCUUUAGUUCCUUUGUGUGAAGAAGAUAACCAAGCACAGGAAAUUAUUAAGAAGCUGCAGAAAAGCUUGCAGUUUCUCAGCCAGUAUGCAGCCAGAGUUGCCAGCAGAGCAGAGAUGCUGGGAGCUAUUAACCAGGAGAGCCGUAUCAGCAAGGCUGUGGAAGUAAUGAUUCAGCACGUGGAAAACCUGAAGCGCAUGUACGCAAAAGAGCAUGCAGAACUUGAGGAGCUGAAGCAGGUCCUGCUCCAGAAUGAGAGGUCAUUCAGUUCUCUUGGAGAUCGAGAUGAAUCUACAAACAAGAAGCUCCCCAAUUCCUUUAACUUCAAGCCAUCACCAUCCUUACGAAGAGUUAGCAUUGCAACAUUGCCUAGGAGCUCUGGAAAUGCAGGUGUUGGGGUGCCACUGGCCCAACUGCAAGAACCUGUUGGAGAUGAAUGGAGUGAUAAAUUCAACAGGAGAUCAAGCAGUUGGGGACGACUAGGAGCAAGGCAAAAUGAGAAGCGUCCUUCCCUACAGCGAUUCAUUAGCACCUAUUCCUGGACAGAGUAUGAGGAUGAACAUUUGGAAACUAAAAAUGAGCAGCUGGAAUUGCCUGCUGAAAUGCAAGAACAACUAUCAAGAAAGGAAAGUACCUCUGAAAAAGGAAAGUGUCCAUCAAAAUGGAACCUGAAGUCAGCGUGCAAUUUAGUGUCAUCGUGGGCAUCCCAUUUCAAGACUUCCUUUUCCAACGCUAACAAAACUCUCUGGGUUUCCGUGUCCAUCCUGGUACUGCUUGCUGCUUUUACAAGCUUCCUCACUGGGCUGUCCCUUCAGCGACCAGCGGAUGCAGCACCUGUAGGAACAGGGGACUCCUGGACUUCACUACAGCAACUGUUGUGGCCAUAUACAGGACUUCAACACAAUGGGCCGCCCCCAGUAUAACCAAGGUUUGGACCUGUGUGAGUGACACGUCUGAGUUCUAGUUGACAGUAUGAGAAGCUACACUGAGAUAGGUAAUAUAUUUAAGGUCAUGGUUUGGGUUGUGGGCCUUUUGAGGGUUUUUUGUGCUUUUGUUUUUUCAUGACUUGAAAAAUACUUUUUUCUUCUCAUUCUGGCAAAAGUUAACUUUUCAAGUUAAUGGGGGGAGCGGGGAGUCUUAGUUCUAUUCAGGUUUAGAAUAAAACAGGUAGUGAUUUUUGAAUGUGGCUCACAAUAAAUAUGACUAAAUGGUCCAGCCACAAGAGAAUAAGUAACUUAUUUUAACAAAGAUGCAAUGGUUACAUUUUAGUCAUUAAAGCUGUUCCAAUAGUUUGAAUAGAAAAAGACUGAAGACUUGAAAUGUGACUUUAUUGGAAGUUUUUGAUAAUAAAGUUUUAAAUGAAAGCAUGAAGUAUUUAAGAGUAUGUUAAAACUCUCGUAGCAAGGAGCAGCUGAUAGACAACAUCAACAAACAGAAAGUUAGCUGUAUUCACUUUAUCAAUUGCUGCUUUGCUGGCAAAAUCUUUCAGCAUGUGGUAGAGAGAGGAGUGAAAUUCAGAAUCUUCUUCUAGUUCCAUUGAAAAAGCUUCACUGACUUCAGUGAUCUUCAGCUUCUGUGCUCUCUGACCAUUAAACAUGUAAAGAGACCAGUCUUCAUCUUUGACAAAAUCUGCUUUAAGAUGCUCACUUACCUGAUGCGGAAAGAAAAUGGGCUGUAAGAUAAAGCUGACAGAACUAAUUCUAGUAUGUGUUUGAGUUUACUACAGAAAAUCAGUUUGUUUGGUUUUUUUGAACUCUUAAUGUAACAUUAGGUCUUCACCUAAAUGACUGUGUAGAAUUACAUCAACACCAGCUUAUUCCAUGGUUUGCCUCUGUAAACUGCAGGUAUCAUCACUGCCUUUCUUGCUGUUCUGACUUACACAUAAAGAAGAGCUAGCUGCAAUGGGCAUCAUGUAUUUCUGUUCUGCUUAGAUUAAGUAGUGGGCUUAAAGGCACAUGACAUUCAGACAAAUAUUAACCCGGGGAGGAGAACUCAGUAUUUCAACAGUAUGUUCUGUACCUACAGCCACAAAUGGAGGUAUUUCUCUGUCUGGGAGAAGUUUUGACCAUGUGCCACUCAGUGAGGAAACAAAUCAAGUUGUGUGUUCCCUUCUUUACAGUACAGAACAAAUGAAAACACCUAUGAAGCUAAGAAGUAGCUUCCAGGUGGUAACUGGAUGGUAAUUCAGAGGACCUUCUUAUAGGUUACUUUGAGAAAUGAGCAUCUACCAGUGUCUCCUAGCCCCAGUAGUUGACCUGUAUCAGCUGUACAUCUUAGCACAUUAGUAAGUGCCUUUGUUAUUGAGAAUUGUACCAUUACAGCUCUCAGCCUUGUUCCUCACAAAUGCAGGAGUUGCGAAGCAGGAGAGAAGCAGGCUCUGCUCAACACAGAUGUGCUCUUGUUUGUGUGUUGGUUUUGUUUUUUUUUUUUUUUUUAACCCUAAAUAGCUAACCUGAAAUCUCAGAACUGAUGUCCUACGUAUAUAGAUCAGGACAGGGCUUGAAGACAGAGACAGAAACACCUUCCAUCAUCUGUGCUUUUGUGUGGUAUGUUUCUAUACUGGUUUGUCCCUGGAAAUUUGGUCUAAAGCUACGAACCUUGAACACUACUUGAUCUUGACCUGAUUCCAGAUUCCACUUGCUCCAGCCAAAAGCAAAAGCAGAUGCAACCAGGGCCAUUUGUUGAUAUGCCCUAAAUUCUGUUAGAGGAGCCUGUAAUACAAAGUUAGAAAACAUGCAUCAUUUUCUGCCUAAUAAAGCUUAAAAAAAAAAAAAAAAAAAAAAAAAAAAACAACUUCCUUUAAGCAGACACUUGUCUAAGCUGCCACUCACAACUCUGCCUGCUGCCUCUAUACAGCUUGCUAUAUGAAAAUGCCUACAAGAAGAGGUGGAAGGAAAAAAAAAAGGGAAAAAGGCAAAGCUACUUGCUUGCACGCACCUUUUUGUUCACACAGAUGUAUUUGUAUGAGUACUCUUCUGGGAAAAUAUUCAGACCACACUUCUUCAAAACUCUUCUGAAGGUGACAGGGCACAUCCAUUUUCCUAUCAACUGGGAAAGCGCGUUCUUCUCUCCCACCACUACUGCAGCCAGCAUGCAUUGAUUACCCUGUUGCAUAAACCAAUGAAAGCAUCUUGCUGGUGAACAAAGGUUUUUUUUCUGCUUCAGGCAUCAACUAUUUAUUGCCUCAUGGCUAUUCCGGAUACUGCCUACAUCAGGUAUCACCCUGAUCUUCAGAUCUUAAUUCACAGAUCUUGCAGAAAGCCACUUUACUGCCCCAUACUUACAGUCACGCUGACUUUUCAGUAACAGACAUGAUUUUAACCAAUUUAUAUGUCAACAGGAAUACGAAUAGUUGUGCAUAGUUUGAACCUUUGGAAGGAAUGAGUAGCAUAAAAUAUAGGUUGUUUGAAAUGUUUUUAUUUCUUUUGGCACAGUUCGGAGGGGAAAGAAGCAGUUUUUCAGUGCUGGUGGAGCAGUUUUGACUUUGCUAAAGUAGUAUCAAUAUCAAAGAACUUUAUUGGAAUGUUGCACAACAGAUGCUUUGUUCUGACCAGUCCACUGAAAAUAAUUUAAGUCACCUGUAAUUUUGGUUGGAUUAAUGCUUGGAAAUGAGGAGAAUCCUUCCUUAUUUUCAACAGAGAAGGACUGAAAUUCAAGUUCUUCUUGUAGAAGCACAUAUAGUUCUUAACAAGGGACAGCAUGGUAGUUCUAUAUUUAUUUUCAAAAAAAAGCCUACAAGUCUUUUAUAUUAAAUAACUAAAUUACAGUACCUUAAUUUGUAUCUGAACCUCUGCAAAGACUGUGGUAAUUACAAAUACUGCUUCAUCUGUACUGGUGGGUCGCAAUUCCCAUGCUUGAUAGGGCAUGUUGAGAUGAAUGUCCUGGAGAAAUGCUAUUGUAUAAAAGGCAUCUAUCUCAAAAGUGAUGUUUUCCUCCUCUGUUUCAUAUGUUAUGUUGCUGAUGCCAUCUGUUCUCCACUGCUGGCCUUUAUGAAAGAGAGGCAAAAAGAAAAA